CAUUUCAGACGGGCGAAUUUCAUCUCCCACGCACUCUACAGACGAGCUACAAUUAUUCCCCGUGUCGCCCAGCAUCCCACUUUCAUACGAACCGCAAACAUUGGCACCUUUGCGCCUCGACACGCCCCAAUAAUUGCGCGUGGCUGCGACGGCACACCACCACCUCCCCCACUGCCACCCACAACGCGACUGCGAGCCUCCGACAUCACACGCUGGCGCCUUUGGGCCUUACGAAGCUACGUCACGACCCAGAUACACGAUAUUGACGCGGUGGACGGUUUCACGGGUUACCACAACGCGCUACGACUCCCGCACGACGCGACGAGAAGCGCUACAUGAAUACGCCGCCAAAGUACCUACUACUCUUCACGCGGCCGAUGUGAUAGAGGUCCUACUACACCUGGGUUGUGACACUGGCGUUUCUGGCAUCCAAACUGGCGGCUGUCGUCUCCUUCGCCAUGGCGGAGCCCGCCCGGCUCAUGGGCCAAGCCGCAAGCAACACCGACCAGGACGACAUGGAUGUGGAUGGAGAAUACGAAAUGGACGAUGCGGAAUAUGAGCAACCUCCCGCUGAGGACAACAAUCCAGAUGCAAAUGGCCACACAACUGAUGCAGAAGGCUCAGAUGUCGAUGCCGAGGGCGAGGAGGUAGACGACGACGAGGACGAAGCUGAGCCUGUUGGCGCUGUCAAGAUAGCCCUGCGGAGGCGCACAGCUUUCGACGACGAGGAAGACGACGACGACGACGACGACGAGGAUGACGCCGUAGGAGAUUCGUCCUCAGAUGCCAAAACUAGCGACAGCGAGCACGCAUCAAGCAGCGCCGAAUCUGAAGGGGAGCACCCAUGGCAGGCCGAGAGCGACGGCGAAGAGAAGGCAGAAGUCGCAACAUCAUAUACCAUGGCGUGCACAUACUGCAAUAAGGACGAGGAUAACGAUCCAAGUCCAGAGUUUGAAGAAUAUCUCGCAUGCGUCGAGUGUGGGGAGAAUGCACAUCGGCAAUGCGCCCGCGCCGCUAAUACGCUUAGUCCCGAUGACGACGUAGAGCAUUGGCGCUGCACGGCCUGCAUUCAAGAUGAUCUUCAUGCCGAAAAAGAGUCAGAACAGGCCCGUAAGAGUCGUAGGCAAUCAUCCUUACCCAAGCUCACCAAGGAGUUACUGCCUGCGCAUCGUGGCGUAGACCCAGCAGGACACUCUAUUUUCAAAGAGCUAAUCCUCCCCGAUGAACCAGCAGAUGGAACAAGAUCGCUACGUCACAAACGUAAAUCAUCACAUGAAGAUGAGCUUCCACUCCCGCCAAGGCAAACAAGAAAAAAGCGGAGACCUUCAGAAGCCUCCAAAUCGGAAGCGGGACCAUCAGUAGCUGCAUCCUCGCCCCGACCGCCUUCGAGAAGUGUCCGAAGUAUCCGUAGUGUCAUGACAGAUGGCCACGAAAGCGAGGGUGAUGCGGAGCCUUCUGGCUCCGACCAAGAGGCUUCCCGCUUACGUUCAUCGCGCGCACGCCGUGGACAGCCUAAGAGGACUGACAAACGGCCACUCGCUUGGAUCGAAGAAUCUCAAGGUCUCAGCUUGAUCAUCGUCUUUCACCUUAACAACGAGAAAGUGCAAAAGAUCGUCACGUCUAAGCCGAAAAAGAAGACUCUCACCCUAGAACAGGAGAGACAGGAACGACGGCGAGAGAGGGAUAGGGAACGGCGCGAACGCAAUCGUCGGGCUGCACAAGCUGCAAGAGAAUCCCCAGAAGUGUCUCACUAUCCGACCAUACACGCUCAACAUCCUACACCGUUCCAGGGCUUCACAGACAGGGAGCCAGACGAGACCAAGAGCAAGCCAUACGGUGGUGUCCUCUCCGAGGCUGAUGCUGAUACCUCGAAGACAUACCCUUCACAAGCUGACAGGAAGCGGUUUGAAGAGGCUCGCAUAAAAGCGGAAGAAGCUUGGAAAGAGAAGCAGACUGCCCUCUACGCUCAUUUAGAACCUGCGAAACUAUCGAAGCAACCAACUGCUGCAAGUAAAAUCAAGUGUGUCAAUUUUGGUGGAUGGGAGAUUGACACCUGGCACGCGGCGCCUUAUCCAGAGGAAUAUAGCAAGAACAGGGUGCUAUAUAUUUGCGAAUUUUGUCUCAAGUAUAUGAAUUCUGACUACGUCGCAUGGCGACAUAAGCUUAAAUGCCCCGCGAAGCACCCUCCAGGUGACGAGAUUUAUCGCGACGGCAAAUACUCCUUCUUUGAGGUGGACGGCCGAAAGAACCCCGUCUACUGUCAAAACCUCUGCCUACUCGCCAAGCUGUUUCUCGGGUCCAAAACGCUAUACUACGAUGUUGAACCGUUCCUCUUCUACGUCAUGACCGAAAACGACAAUUACGGCUGUCAUUUCGUUGGCUAUUUUUCGAAGGAGAAGCGGCCCAGCUCGCUCAACAACGUCUCGUGUAUCCUUGUGCUACCUAUUCACAUGCGCAAAGGCUACGGACAAUACCUGAUCGAAUUCUCUUAUCUUCUCACACGCGUCGAGAGGAAGACGGGAAGUCCUGAGAAGCCGCUUAGUGACAUGGGUCUGGUAAGUUAUCGGAAGUACUGGCGACUCGUUCUAUGCGAAGAACUACUGCAGCAGAAAGGACCGAUCAGCAUCUCAGCUAUAUCAGAUCGUACUGGUAUGACGCCUGAUGACAUUGUGUCAGCUUUGGAAGGCUUGCGUGCUCUCGUGCGCGAUCCUGUCACAAAGAAGUACGCACUACGAUUGGACCUCAAUUACUUCAAGCAGUACAUGGAGAAGUGCAACGCUGCAGGCAACCCAAAGAUCGAUCAAGAAUGCCUCGUCUGGACGCCGUAUGUCAUGGGGCGCCUAGGCCAAUACGAAGACGGACCCGCACUGCAGACAGUACAGCAACGUGAUGAGGUUGAAGAAGAGGACAAGCCAGUACCGGAAGAGGGCGUGCAGAUGGACAUGGCUGCCAAAGCCAAUGGCACGGGCGACGAGGCCGACCCAGCCAUGCCUGACCUACAUGCAGAAGAGUCACUGAACGGCGGCUCGCCUGCACCUGGCACACCGCUUGCGAAUGGCAGUACUGAAGCUCUUGCCGGCUCACAGAUGGAUGAACCUUCCAUCCCACCUUCACGCUACGAGAUCUUCCCUCCUGUCCCUGGACAGCCCGCGCAGAAACGCCGGCCAGGACGACCAUUUGGUGCGCGACGGCGCACCAGCACGCCAAAUCGUGUACGCAACACAUCGCUGUCUAUUCAUACAGCCCCUAUAUCGAAAAUGCAGCUUUCACCCAGUAGAGGUGCGAAAUCAUCACCCCUUAUAAACGGCAAUCUUACCCCGAGUACGAUUCCACUUCGACGGACGAGGAGCAGACUAGCCGAGAGCGUCACGAAUGGUGAUGACGUUGAUGAAGGAGACGCUGUCAAAGCCGUCAUUAUUAACGGGCGAAGAAGCACCAGGAGCUCUGCUAGUUCGCUGGGUAGUCCACGCAACGGCAAAGAUCUGAAGGGCAAGGGGAAAGCAAUGGUUGUUGAGGUUGAGGAAGCACAGGAUGAGGAUAUUGAUGCAGACGGCGAUUACGAUGAAGAUGGCGACAUGGACAUCGAUGCGGAAGGCGAAGAAGACGAUGACAUUGUCAUGGCGAAUGCUUGAUCUGGUCGCCUAACUCCUACUCUACUUUCACGACAUGAAAAGAAACGCGCAAACCCAUGUUGGCGUUCAGGGUUCUCGCGUGCUCCCCCUAUAUUGGAGAGCGGCAUUUUUUUCGCUUGAGUGGGCUGCUUGUUCGGCCUCCUCUGUAGUUUUACUUUUUUUCAAUAUUGCACUUAGGGAGAUACCUUGGGAAACGGGGAGUUUAUCAAUGCUCCAUACUUCAAUUCUAUCUAUUACGGAACCCCACUUUUUGAACUUCUCCGUCCCAUCAUGGAAAUCUCGCUACUGGCGGAAGUCAGCUAUUUCCUAUACACAUGUAAUGCAGUUUUUUUUUCUGGCCCACAACACCGUACAUCCAUGUUUGUCAUUCGGCAUGUACUAUUCCUCCGCCUCCGUCGCCCCCCGUAUAACAACCUAAGCCUAAACCACCUCUUAGCCUUACCCUACCGCACUAGCGUAGCAAUAUAGAUUAAGUGCCUGUCAGCUUA